AUGCCGGACGACAAUGUUUCGGCGCCUCCCUUACCCGUCGCACCCAAAUCGAAGCCAGUCAGCGAAGCUUUAUUGAACGAAAAGUGGGAUCGUGCAGUCUCCUCCUUCGUGAUCCGAUCCGCGCUCGGCUUCUCCUUCGGCGUGAUAUUUUCAGUGUUACUGUUUAAACGAAGAGCAUGGCCCGUGUGGCUCGGCACAGGGUUUGGAGCAGGAAGAGCAUGGGAAGAAGCUGAUGGUUAG